GAGGGAGAGAGAGAGAGAGAUGUUGAGCAGUGGGAGAGUGAAAGAGUAUCAGUCAAAGAAAGAUCCAAAAGGCUGAAAGACAGGGAGAGAGAGCGAAAGAUUGUCUGAGAGAGCCUCUAUGCGCUGUCCCACCCCCUGACUGGUCUUCGCCUCCCCUACAGUCCUGAGAAGCCAGCCCCGAACAGAGAGAGAGAGAAAGAAAAAAGAAAGGAGAAGAGAGAAAAAGAGAGGGGACACACACGAGCUCAGAACUCUGGAAUUCGAAACCUUUGGAGCAACACACACACACACACACUUACACACACAUACACACUCAUGCACGGUCUCUGUGGUGAUUUGGAUCGUUCACAGCGGGAAUAACUCUGAGAGAUCGAGAGAGAGAGAGUGUGUGAGAGAGAGAGAGAGAGAGAGAGAGAGAGUGUGUGAGAGAGAGAGAGAGAGAGAGAGAGAGAGAGAGUGUGUGAGAGAGAGAGAGAGAGAGAGAGAGAGAGCGAGAUUCUUUCUACAUUUCUUUACUCUGGACUCUACUGCUACACCAUGGCACCUGUCACAGACAGAGAAUCACGGACCUAGGAGCGCCACAUUGCCAGGAACACACAGAUAGCAAGACAGUGCAAAGGUUCCAGUGCCACUGUGAGAAGCUUCUUCAGUCCCGUUGGAGCUGAGAGGUGUGCAGUACGACAGACGCAGAACGGGGGAACGCCACACAACGCCCCGAAGGCUGACAUCCGUUUUGGAGAGGAGAGCGACGACAACUAGCCGUCCGUUGCUACGACAACAACCAGACCCAUUUCAACCCGAGGCGUGCCAGGCUAGUGCCAACCCCAGGACACCAUGAUGAUGGCAGUGACGAUGAUGACGACGUGGGGCUCCCUGCUCCUCGUGGCCUCCCAGGUCUCAUCCAGCGGAAUCCCCAAGACCAGCGCCUCCUCUUCACCCUCCUUCUCCUCACACCCAUCCUCCUCUUCCUCGUCCUCCCCUCGCAUGAAGCUCUCCUACAAAGAGCUGCAGCAGUUCCACGGCGUGCGCCGGUUCGAGCUGGAGCGUUCGUGCUGUUUCAGCGCCAUGUUGCUGGACGAGGAGAGGGGACGUCUCUUCGUGGGCUCACGCAACUUCCUGCUGUCACUCAGCCUGGAUAACAUUGCCAAGCAGGAGCACAAGAUCUACUGGCCAGCCCCUGUGGACUGGAGGGAGGAGUGUAACUGGGCAGGAAAGGACAUCAACACAGACUGUGUGAACUACGUGAAGAUGGUCCACCACUACAACCGCACUCACCUGUACACAUGUGGAACCGGAGCCUUCCAUCCCACCUGCGCCUUCGUAGAGGUGGGACAGAAGAUGGAGGACCACGUGUUCAGGAUCGACCCGUCCAAAAUGGAGGAUGGGAAAGGGAAGAGUCCAUACGACCCCCGUCACCCUGCAGCCUCGGUGCUGAUAGGUGACGAGCUGUAUGCGGGCGUGGCCACUGACCUCAUGGGAAGAGACUUCACCAUCUUCCGCAGUCUGGGGGGACGACCCUCCAUUCGCACCGAACAACACGACUCACGCUGGCUCAACGAGCCUAAGUUUGUGGGUUCGUUCUGGGUGCCGGAGAGUGAGAACCCAGACGAUGAUAAGAUCUUCUUCUUCUUCCGGGAGACGGCGGUGGAGGCUCAGGGCCUGGGGAAGUCCACCUACUCCCGUAUCGGACAGCUCUGCAGGAAUGAUAUGGGUGGCCAGCGUAGUCUGGUCAACAAGUGGACCACGUUCUUGAAGACUCGUCUCAUCUGUUCUGUGCCGGGCAGUGACGGCAGUGACACGUACUUUGACGAGCUCCGGGAUGUGUUCCUGCUGCAGACCAAGGACAGGAAGAACCCUCUGGUCUACACUGUCUUCUCUACCUCCAGCAGUGUAUUCAAGGGAUCAGCCGUGUGUAUCUACACCAUGAAUGACAUCCGCAGGGCCUUCUUGGGGCCCUUCGCCCACAAAGAGGGUCCAAACUACCAGUGGGUCCCCUUCCAGGGCAAAGUCCCCUACCCACGCCCUGGCAUGUGCCCCAGCAAGACAUUCGGCAGCUUCGAGUCCACCAAGGGUUUCCCUGACGACGUGAUCCAGUUUGCCCGUCACCACCCUCUCAUGUUUAACCCCGUGUACCCCCUGAACCGCCGGCCCGUCUUCCUGAGGACCAACGUAGACUACAGCUUCACCCAGAUCGCUGUGGACCGGGUGGGCGCCGCAGACGGGCAUUAUGAUGUCAUGUUCAUUGGCACAGACAAAGGGACGGUGCUGAAAGUGAUCUCUGUACCGAAAGAGAGCUGGAACAACAUGGAGGACCUGCUACUGGAGGAGCUAGAGGUGUUCAAGGAUGCCUCAUCCGUCAUCAACAUGCAGAUAUCCUCAAAACGGCAACAGCUUUAUGUGGGCUCAGACACAGGUCUGGCCCAGGUUCCUCUGCAUCGCUGCAGUAUCUAUGGGAAGGCCUGUGCUGAGUGCUGCCUGGCCAGAGACCCCUACUGCGCCUGGGACGGCACCUCCUGCACCCGCUACCUACCCAACACCAAGAGGCGUUUCCGUCGUCAGGACGUGAGGAAUGGAGACCCCAACACCCUGUGUUCAGGAGACCACCACAAGCACCGGGUGGCAGAGAGGAGGCUGUUCGGGGUGGAAGGGAGCAGCACCUUCCUGGAGUGUAUCCCCAAAUCACUGCAGGCCAGAGUGACCUGGACCUUCCAGAAACAACCCCACAACGCCAAGGAAGAGCCGCGUCUGGAUGACCGUGUGCUGCAGACAGAGCGGGGGCUGUUGGUGAGGAGGGUACUGAAGCGGGACGUGGGCCUCUACCAGUGCCACGCCAUGGAGCACGGCUUCACCCAAACACUACUGGGCAUCACCCUGGAGGUAGUACCCUCCUCCUCCUCUUCCUCCCCGCCCGCCGACCCUCUCCUUCGAUUGGACCCCCGCAGCGGAGGCGGCGGCCCACCUUCCACCAAUCAGAAGCUGUGGUACCGGGACUUCAUGCAGCUGGUGGACCACCCGAACCUCAGCACCGUGGAUCAGAUCUGUGAGCAGGUGUGGGCGCGCAAGAGCGCCCAAUCGGACAAGAGCUUCCCGUCUUCUCCCGACAAACAGGCCCCGCCCAUCGGUCCCGUGGUCCGGCCCCCUAACAAGAAGUGGAAGCAUCUGCAGGACAUCCGCAAGGGGAGGAACCGCCGAACCCACGACGGGAAACCCUCCCCACGAGCACCACGCAGCGCAGGGGAGUGACAACAGAGAGAGAGGAGAGAAAGAAGGAGAGAGACUGAGGGUGGCGAGAGAGGGAAGAGAGGGAAGAGAGGGAAGAGGAAAAGUGAGAGACAGAGACUGAUAGAGACCAAGGACUUCUGGAGGGUGUCAACACAUACACAGCACCUCCUUCUUUGUGAAUAUUUAUCUUCCGACACCCCACUAGCUACUGCCCCAUGAUGCUUCACUCUGCCCUGACCCCUGACCCCCGAUUAGCUUGUAUCGCCCCUUAUUAUUCCCCCUAUCUUAAUUCUCUGUCCCAGCUCUCAAUCCCUUUGGGUGUACUCUCCUGGAGAACUUCUGAUGGAGACCUCACCUCUACAGAAUAGACUGAACAGAGUCCCCAAGUUAAAAGAUGGCUCAGUGUAUGUCACUCAAUCUCUCAACUGGAAUUACAACUGGCUCGUAACCGGAAUAUCCGAAUGGAAAAAGACACACAUACACACCACAGGAGGUUGGUGGCACCUUAAAUAGGGAGGACGGGCUCGUGGUAAUGACUGGAGUGGAAUCAGUGGAACGGUAUCAAACACAUGGUUUCCAAUUGACGCCGUUUGACGCCAUUUCAUUUGCUCCGUUUCCGGCCGUGUUUAUGAGCCGUCCUCCCCUCAGCAGCCUCCUGUGAUACACGUUUACAACCCGAGAUGACAGUACCUUUGAUGACACGGACUACAAAUUGUGAGAUGGGACAAAAACAAUGGGCUCCGCAGACCUCCAAACGCACAUUGAUCAACUUAGGUAUAAUCACAUUUCAUGUGUUUUGCAAAGAGAGCAUCACGUAGAUGUGUGCUUUGUGACAGAUGCAGUCUUUGAUAUGAUUAUCUUUGGUCCAAACCACUACAGAUAGGAGAAAGCACUACUGUCAUUCCAGGGUAUAGAGAGAGCUGUUACAAUGAGGUGAGAUUCUGAAGCAGAGAGAGAGAGAGAGAGAGAGUGUACAGGAUCAACACAAUGGUUCCAUUGUGAUUCUAUUUUACAAAAUGGCUGACAAGGUAGAGGAAGUGGGCGAUGUUCUACCUGUAUGUUUAUGGGGUGACAAGGUAGAGGAAGUGGGCGAUGUUCUACCUGUAUGUUUAUGGGGUGACAAGGUAGAGGAAGUGGGCGAUGUUCUACCUGUAUGUUUAUGGGGUGACAAGGUAGAGGAAGUGGGCGAUGUUCUACCUGUAUGUUUAUGGGGUGACAAGGUAGAGGAAGUGGGCGAUGUUCUACCUGUAUGUUUAUGGGCUGACAAGGUAGAGGAAGUGGGCGAUGUUCUACCUGUAUGUUUAUGGGCUGACAAGGUAGAGGAAGUGGGCGAUGUUCUACCUGUAUGUUUAUGGGCUGACAAGGUAGAGGAAGUGGGCGAUGUUCUACCUGUAUGUUUAUGGGCUGACAAGGUAGAGGAAGUGGGCGAUGUUCUACCUGUAUGUUUAUGGGCUGACAAGGUAGAGGAAGUGGGCGAUGUUCUACCUGUAUGUUUAUGGGCUGACAAGGUAGAGGAAGUGGGCGAUGUUCUACCUGUAUGUUUAUGGGCUGACAAGAAAACAUUUUUGUGUUUUAUUUAGUCAUUUAUUUAAAUGAUCUGUGUGUAUUUUCUGACUCGGAUGACUUGUGUUGUGUGCUGACACAUUUACAUGGGGGGAGAUGGUUGAGAUGGUUCAAGUGACAGGCUGCACAACAUCAAUGAUGACUUGGCCAAACAAUAGUGGGCUUUGAAUACGACGUCCCAACUUUGGGCAAAAAGCAUGAUAUUUAUAUGUGAAAAGAAAACAUCUCGAUUUUUUUUUAAAUUCCAAAUGGUACAUACAUGGUUCUUUUAGGCUUACACUGUUUGCCUAGGUAAAUUAUCAGUAGCUGUGUGUGUGCGUGCGUGCGUGCGUGCGUGCGUGCGUAAAUAAACGUCCCUCCCUCCUGUGCUGUGUCUGUAGGCCCAUCUCUGAGUGUCAAUUUCACAGCAUGUCUUUGAUGCCUUCAGUUCAGCGAAACACAUUUGUCCUCGGUGAAAUGGUGUGAGUAGAUCGCCACCUAGUUUCCUUUCCGUGUAUAGGCCUGGUCCGUUGACUUUCUACGGUACGAUUCAAUACAGUCUGUUGUCGGCUUCUUAUAAUAAAAACGUGCUUUAAAUGUUUCUCCUUUUACCAGUGAAGUCUGUGAGAGCGUACAGAUGUGAGGAAUCCCGCCUUUUAUUCAUAGCUGCUUAAUAAAGGUGUAAUUAUUAACUUUUGAACGACUGAGGCCAAUAAGUUAGGUGGGCUGUAGUUUUGUGCUCUCCAAUUGCAUGACCAAGGUUAGGGACUAGACGGUGCACAAUGGACACUUUGGCUGCCUAUCUGAAUGGCACUCAGGGCCCAUAGGGUCCUGGUCAAAAGUAGUGCACUAUAUAGGGAAUAGAGUGCCAUUUGGGAGACGCCCUUUGAGAGGCGAGAGGGUCUUGUGUUCAAUAUGCUCAAUAUGGUUAUCCUAUGUAUUCAUGUGCACAAAAUAAGCUAAUAUGUUGUGGUGGAUAUUUUUCUUUUCAUGUCGAGACUUGGGGCUCUAUUCAAUCUGUAUCGAUGAAGCGUUACAGAAUGCGCGACAGAAACCUAAAGGCGAUUUCCAAUUGAGGUGACAAAUGCAGUGUUUACUGUGAAUGCGGGGAUGUUGCUUUUAGAUUGAAAUCAAGCUGUCACGCUAAACUACAGCCUUACCGGUUGAUUGGAGCCCUUGCAGUUGUACCAUACACGUUCUGCAAAAGCUAUCAUCAUUCAAAAAAACACUAGGUAAAUGUUGAUUCGGUUGUCCAAUUAGCAUCAUCGUUCUUCACGCUGCCCUCCAACCGCUGAUCCUUUCUAUUCCAUGCUAUAUUACGCACCCCAACUGUGUGUGUGUGUGUGUGUGUGUGUGUGUGUGUGUGUGUGUGUGUGUGUGUGUGUGUGUGUGUGUGUGUGUGUGUGUGUGUGUGUGUGUGUGUGUGUGUGUGUGUGUGUGUGUGUGUGUGUGUUUGGAGGAAAGGAGAGCUCUUUACAUAUUGGCUUAGGAGGAGAGGUAAUCUGUAGAAACAGUUCAAAGUUCAGAGGCCAAAGUUGACAUGGUGCACUGUAUUACUUCCAGAGUUCUUUGUGGAUUGUUGUGCCGGAUUGUUUUUGAUUAACACAAUAAAGUGCCCAGUUACUUU